CAUCGGCCAUCCAUUCUAAUUUCUGUCAUUCUUAUUUGUCUUGAAUAGCUUCAACCAGUUUAAUUGCAACAUGUCAUUAGAAAACGCUCUCAACAUCGCACGGCAAUACGCCCAGUCGAGCCUCGCGCAGCUACCUGAACCCGCGCAGAAUGUCCUCCUGAAUCCUCUCGUCCAAAAGGCACUCACAGCUGCGUUGGUCUACGGUGCUCUGCGGCAAGCCAACCGCGCAUUGUCGCGAUGGUCGAUGAACAACUGGCAGAGCGCGCAUCCAUGGCAGGGCGAUCGCGAGCUCGUUCUGGUUUCCGGAGGGUGCAGCGGCAUCGGGAAGCAGAUCAUGGAGGAUUUGGCCAGUAAAGGAAUCCGGGUGGUCAUUUUGGAUAUCAACGAGCCCAACUUCCAGCUACCCCGCAAUGUACACUUCUUCAAGGCCGACAUCACCAACUCGCAGAGUAUCAAAGCCGUAGCGGAGCAGAUUCGCCAGAAACUAGGCGAUCCCACUGUGCUGGUCAACAACGCAGGCGUGGGCCACGACGGCACCAUUCUCGAGGAGCCCGAGGCCAAGAUCCGGCAGACUUUCGAGGUCAACACCAUCUCGCAUUUCCUGAUGGUGCGGGAGUUUCUGCCUAGCAUGAUCCGCCAGAACCAUGGCCAUGUUAUCACAAUUGCCAGUAUGGCCAGCUUUGUCGCAUUGGGCGAGAUGGUGGAUUAUUGCUGCUCCAAGGCCAGUGCGCUGGCCUUCCACGAGGGAUUGACGCAAGAGUUGCGGUACUGGUAUCAGGCAAAGAAAGUUCGAACCAGUGUCAUUCACCCACUGUGGGUUCGUACUCCUAUGAUUCAACAGUUGACCGACGCGGGAAACCAGUUCAAACAGCCCGUGAUGACACCCCAGGUGGUGUCGGAUGCAGUGGUCAAGCAGAUCCUCACGCAGAGCAGCGGCCAAGUGAUUCUCCCGACUUCUCAUUCUGCUGCCAGUAUGGUGCGAGCAUUUCCUCAGUGGCUCCAAGAGAGCGUCCGCGGGAUUGCCUCGGGAUCAUUGAGGAGACUUCGAGAGUGCCAAGCUGCUCAGAAGUUGUAAUUACUUGGUAUAUAGACAGUCUAUCUAUU